CACACACAUACACACACUCACAAAGCCAAACAUUACUAUGUGAAUAUUCACACAAACACACAGGGGUGGUAAGGAGGUUUGUGCCUCACUCCUCCAGAUCAUGAUGACUCAUGGAUGUUUGUCUGAUCUCGUCCUUCUCACACUUAUUAUCAGAGGUUAUCAGAGUCUGUAGGUACCUGGAGUUUGACCACAGAUGUUUUACGCCAUGUCAGCGGUGACCAAUCAGCCUCUUCCCUUCGGUCGCCUGGAGCGAGAGAAGCACAUCCAGAUGAUCUUCAGAGCUUUCCAGAGCCGCUGUGGGCCUUCCUGUGAGUGUGACAGUCACUCACCUGGACUAAAACGCCACCAAACGCCUCCUGACCAUGAAUCUGAUGAGCAGCUGUCAGGUCUGGCUCCUGGGGAAAAGAUGGAGAAUGGCUUCACGCAGCCACCGGGGAAAGUGAGGAGGCCAGGGGUGGAGGAGCAGAGGCCUGGAGGUGCAGCAGGAUCACACUUUAUGUCUGUGCUGGAAACAGUCAGUCAUAUACAGAUCACUGCCAGACCAGAGCUGCAAGGUCCGCAGUGUGUUCCCAGGAGGAUCUACAGUAUUGCCACAGGGAGCAGCAGGUCACAGUUAUUUGCGGCUGUGGAAGAGAGUUCCUGCGUCUGCCUCCAGUGUUGCGGUCCAGCUCGGGCCUGUUCCUUGCAGGGCUUUGACUGUCAGGGCCGGCAGGUGUUUUAUUUUGAAAGGCCCUUCAGGGUGGACGCCUGCUGCCUCGGCUGCUGCCUGAUGGAGAUGAGGGCCUUCACACCUCAAAAACAUCUCAUUGGCACUGUACAUCAGAGGUGGAGCAUGUUCACCCCUCUCCUGGAGGUGUGUGAUUCAGAAGGAGCAUCUAUCAUCAGGAUCCAGGGCUCCUGCUGUCCGUACCGCUGCUUCUCCAACCAGCAAUUCCAGAUUGUCUCCAACAUUGGAGAGAAAAUAGGCACAAUCUGGAAGCAGUGGCCUGGCUUCAAUGACGAGCAUAACAUGGACCAUGAAUAUUUUGGGUUGGAGGUGCCACUGAGUAUGGAAUCACAGACUAAAAUGCUGUUGCUGGCAGCCACUUUCUUGUUGAAUUACAUGUUCUUUGAAAUGAGCUGAUCCAUGAGAAGGAGGUAUGAGAGUAAAACUAACACCACUGAAAGAAGGCUGGAACUGAUGGGGCACGCCAGCCUCGUCUCUUCAUGGCAUCAGAGACUACACCACUGAAUUGUGUUUGCAAUAAAACAGGGGAAACAUCAGUGAUUACAUAUAUUCAUGAAAGAAAAAGACACUGGACCAGCUUUAGCAGCAGAUGCAUAUUUGACAUUUAUUGCUAUAAUCCAUCAGGUGUACAUCCAACAGUGUUUCUUCACUUCUGACACACACCUGCACCCAUCAUCACACCACCAUACAUGGGCAGCAUUACAGUUUUUCAACGAACUAUAAGCGCUGUCUUGACAUGGUUCCAAAAAAUGCUCCCGAGGAAUUGAUAAAAACUGUAACAGACCCUGAUCUGGGGUCCAGUCUCAUUUCUUUUACUACAAAAUGGAAAAAAGGAGUGAAGGUCAGUGUUUCAGGACGCUUGUACACCUUUCGUUGAGGACAUUAAAGCAGAGCCCCGUCCCUUGGAUUCUUUCAAGGCGGGAUAAAGACAAAACAGACAAAAGGGAAAAAAUGGUUCGGGGUCGGGCUCGAGGCCAGGCACAGUGAUUUAGGCAGCUUGGCAGUCCAUUCUUAAGAUGCCGGUUAUACAACCUUCUGCCCAACACAGGAUGGUCCUCAUCCUUUGGGAUUCAACUUCCAGAUCAAAGAUGGAGAAUCACUGCUGAUUCAGUUUAGUGAUCUUUGACGUGGACUGUAUUUACAAAUAUAUCGUACACAAUAAUAGUAAUCAUUCUAGUUCGAAAUGACCAGAGGAAUCGUAGUUAAAAUACAGCACUGUAAUAAAAUAACAUCUACCUGCAACCCUGUUUGAGUCCCAAUGAAACAGAUUAACACAGACUAAUUUUAAACAGCAGGAGGUGUGUGAUGUUAUGUUAAGCGAUGAAUCCAGAAAUAGUAUUAUAACAUAUUGGUUUUGUUGUAUUUUGUCAAGUACACUUUGUUAACAGCUAAUGACCAGAUCAGCAAACACCAGUCACGUGGCCUCCCUCUGGUGGCAAGUUUACAGAUGUUACACCUUGCA